CUUUUCUACGGCAAGGAGCUGCAUUGGGUAGAGAUCCACGGCCGUCCCAAGGACAAGCUGCGUCAUUUGGACUCAGAGCAGGCGUUCACGGCAUUGUGGCGCCGCUGCGCGUUGAUAAGUUCAUGUGUCGACAGCUUCUUAGACGAGCCCGAAGCGCCCGACAGCCUGACCGAGGUGCCGUCGCUGCUGGUCAACCGCUCCGCCAAUGACCC